CUGGAUGUGACAGCAGGCAGAGGAGCACUUAGCAGUUUAUUCAGCGUCCGAUUCGGAUUCCGGCAAGGAUCCAAGCAUGGAAUGCUGCCGUCGGGCAACUCCUGGCAGACCGCUUCUCUUUCUGGCUUUCCUACUCCUGAGCUCCAGGACAGCACGCUCAGAGGAGGACCGAGAUGGCCUCUGGGAUGCCUGGGGUCCAUGGAGUGAGUGCUCCCGCACCUGUGGUGGGGGAGCUUCCUACUCCCUGCGACGCUGUCUUAGCAGCAAGAGCUGUGAAGGACGAAAUAUCCGAUAUAGAACAUGCAGUAAUGUAGACUGCCCACCAGAAGCAGGUGAUUUCCGAGCUCAGCAGUGCUCUGCUCACAACGACGUCAAGCACCAUGGCCAGUUUUAUGAGUGGCUUCCUGUGUCUAAUGACCCUGACAACCCAUGUUCACUCAAAUGCCAAGCCAAAGGAACGAGCCUGGUCGUGGAACUAGCACCUAAGGUUUUAGAUGGUACUCGUUGCUAUACAGAAUCUUUGGAUAUGUGCAUCAGUGGUUUAUGUCAAAUUGUAGGCUGCGAUCACCAGCUGGGAAGCACCGUCAAGGAGGAUAACUGUGGGGUCUGCAAUGGAGAUGGGUCCACCUGCCGACUGGUCCGAGGGCAGUAUAAAUCCCAGCUCUCCGCAACUAAAUGUAAGACACUAUAGAGAUGGGGCAAUCUUUGGAGUUGUUGACUUGUUAUCCUCUCCUGGCUUACCUCUGACUCCCUUGCAAUUGAGGGAUAAUACUCUACCAAACAGGAGAAGGAUCUGAA